GGCUAGUUGCUAAGCUGGUCCAAUCACAUGUUGAACAGGUUUGUCAACAAACCCUGGUAACCGCUUAUUUAAUUUUUAUUUUUUAUUGAUUGUUUAUGUUUUUGAUUGAAAUCUAAGAUCAAUCUUCGGUGAAAAUACGAAAUUUAUCCCUUCGAAUAAAUUCAAACCAUAUUUUGACAUAUUACUGAAUCAAGUGAAAUAAAUCAUGGAUCAUUAGGAAGUGAUUGUGAAGUUCAUGUGAUUUGUUGGUUACAUCUAAGAGGGACUUUUACGAGAAAAAAAACAGCCAGGAAUAUUUCAUUAAUCUUAGCUUAAGGCUAUGGCUUUAUUCCGGAGCUCAAACUAUGUAAAAGGUUACAUAUUUCCAGUCCGACCAAUUGUGGCCAUUGACUAUUAUCUUGACGAUACUGUUUUGGAGAGGAUUCGCAAAAGUAUAUCAAUUAGAUCAUCACCAGAAGAAGCUAAAAAUAAAAUUGAAACGCUUAAAAACUGUAAGCCAUUGAUAAAAAAGAUCUUAGAGUUACGCCCGUUGAAAGAAAAUCUGGUCACAACAAUGGGUGCUAUUGAAGAUAACAUUGGAGAUGUCAAUACCUAUUUCACUCAUGUACGUCCUGAUCAAUCCCACUUAUCUAAAGAUUUAGAGGAGCUCGAAAAGGAGUUAGGCUCAUUAGAAGACCAAGUGAUACCUAUCCUCUCUAAAUUACCCAAUGAAAUUGACGAGGAUGUCUUAAAUGAGCCAAGUGGAGAUAUUUUCAUAGUUGUAGAUGAAGUGAAGAAAUCUCGUCCCUCAUUUAAAUUGAUAGAUGCUGUUAAAUUAUCUUAUCUUAACUUUGGUCAGCAUACAAGUAUCAUUGGUCCUGCAUCAAGAUUUAUUACAGCUGAUGGUGCUAAACUCUAUAUUGCCUUAAUCCGUUAUUUCUCCGAAUCGCUGUUGAAUGCAGAUUAUAUUCCUUUUGUUGGUCUUGAUUUUGUAAAAUCAGCAAUCGUUGAAGCCGUUGAUCUUGAGCGUAGUGACCAAAUUUAUACCGACCCUUUAUUGGUUGCUCAAGGAGAUGAUUCAGAAUCUUUAAAUAAUUUUAUUCAUCUGGCUGGAGAAUCAUCAUUUGAAGCUAUCGCCAGUAUGUUGAACAGACGAGAAAUCAAUCCUGAUUCUUUACCUAUCCGAUUUUCAUCCAUUGGCUCAAAUUAUACAUCAACAUUAAGUCAACAUCAUACAAUUAAUUGUGUCAUUUUAACACCAAAUGAUCUGGAUCAAUCAGUUCAAGAGACACAAUCUGUCAUAUCUUUCUUUUGGAAUCUAUACAAAAAUCUUUCUAUACCUUGUAGAUUAAUCAAAUGCUCUGGCAAAAUGUUAAAAGCUAAUGAGUCUAGUCGUUACGAGAUCCAAGUUUGGAUACCAACAUCAUCAACCUGGAAGACAGCCGCUCAUGUUAGCAACCAUCGUGAUUAUACGACAAAGAGAUUAGGUCGAGAAGGUUAUGCAAUUGUUAAAGGCACACUAGUUGAUUGUGACACUGUAGUGACCUCUUUGAUGGAAAAUAAUCAGAAAGAAGAUGGGACAUUUGAAAUUCCUGAAUUACUUCAAGAACAAUUGGUUCCCAAGUUUAUGUGAAACAAUAAAAGAUGUUUGUAGAUUGGUUACUUUAUAAAUGUUUUCACUAUUGAAUAGUUAAUAUUGAUCAUUUUUACGAAUAAAUUCAAGUAUUAUGUCUAACUAAAUUGAA